UGAACGAGUGACGUCAUUGCAUGCGCCGGAAGUGAUUCCUCUGGGACCGAGAACACCAUAGAGACGGGAGGAGCCGCCCGGAGUGACCCGUGAGAGAGAAUAGAGACCCCCCGGAGUGACCCUGUAACAGAGACACCCGGGAGUGACGAGAAAGGAGCGGCACCGCUACAGUGUCACGGAAUUCUAGACACCCCGGAAGUGACUGGAGAGGACAAAAGCCCUGGGAAGGAGCGGUGAAGAAGGGACCCCGUGUAGUGACCCGUCAGCAUAGAGACUGAAGCCUGGGAGAAGCCCCACACUGACGGCAGGGAGCCCGGCAGAGGGUGUGUCCCUGUGUCUGGUGCUCGCUAGGUCAUCUGCUCACUGCUAAGUUCCUUUUGAGGUCUGUAGAGGCUGGCUGCCCACCCAGUUAUUGGGGGAUAUCUAACUACAGGAGGUGCGGGACUGUAAAGCAGUGUUAUCCUAGCAAACAUGCCAUUUCCCUUUGGGAAGUCCCACAAGUCUCCUGCAGACAUAGUGAAGAACCUGAAGGAAAGCAUAGCAGUACUGGAGAAGCAGGACAUCUCGGACAAGAAAGCAGAGAAGGCAACUGAAGAAGUGUCUAAAAACCUGGUGGCUAUGAAGGAGAUCCUUUAUGGGACAAAUGAGAAGGAACCUCAGACCGAAGCCGUGGCUCAGCUAGCUCAGGAACUGUACAACAGCGGUCUCCUUGGAACUUUAGUGGCCGAUCUCCAGCUCAUAGACUUUGAGGGCAAGAAGGAUGUUGCUCAGAUCUUCAACAAUAUAUUACGAAGGCAGAUUGGAACACGCACCCCGACAGUGGAAUAUAUAUGCACCCAGCAGAAUAUUCUCUUCAUGCUGUUGAAAGGGUAUGAGUCUCCAGAAAUUGCUUUGAAUUGUGGAAUCAUGUUGCGAGAGUGUAUUAGACACGAGCCACUUGCCAAAAUUAUUUUGUGGUCUGAGCAGUUUUACGAUUUCUUCCGAUAUGUAGAGAUGUCAACUUUUGAUAUUGCUUCUGAUGCCUUUGCUACAUUUAAGGAUCUAUUGACUAGACAUAAACUCCUGAGUGCCGAGUUUUUGGAACAGCAUUAUGACCGGUUCUUCAGUGAAUAUGAGAAAUUGUUGCACUCAGAAAACUAUGUGACAAAGAGGCAGUCAUUGAAGCUACUCGGUGAACUUCUUUUGGAUCGGCACAAUUUCACCAUUAUGACAAAGUAUAUCAGUAAACCUGAAAACCUCAAGCUGAUGAUGAAUCUGCUACGUGACAAGAGCCGCAACAUCCAAUUUGAAGCUUUCCACGUGUUUAAGGUAUUUGUAGCAAACCCGAACAAAACACAGCCUGUCCUGGAUAUCCUCCUUAAGAACCAGAGCAAGCUGAUUGAAUUCCUCAGCAAGUUUCAGAAUGACCGCACUGAGGACGAGCAGUUUAAUGAUGAGAAAACCUACCUAGUGAAACAGAUCCGGGACCUGAAAAGACCUGCACAGCAAGAGGCCUGAAGUGGAGGGCGGGGGGAGGGAGGAGCCCAAACCCAGUGCUUGCUGCGAGAGUAUUCAGUAUCCCGUGGACUUUGAGAGCAACAUCCUCACUUCUACCCUGAACAGUUUUAUCUUAUUCCAUUGCAUUUGAAGUUUUAGUCCAAGUGUAACCCCUUCUCUGAUGAAAGAACCCAGAUGCUGCGCUAUUCUUCUGCAGCUCAGGGGGGGUUAAUGAAUAGAAGAUGAAUGCAUAACUACCUUAUGUUCUUUCUUUUCUCCCUUACACCUUUACUGAGCAAGAUGGAAUUCCUCUCCCUUCUAUCCUUUAUGUUGCAUCAACACGGGAUUGAGACUCGCUGGUUAUCACAGUAUCAGGGUGCAAAAGUGAAAUCAAAAGAAAAAAAAAAAAGAGGUCUUAGAGUCUCGAACGAGUGUGUAGUUCCUAGUCUGGGUUUUGGAUAAGAUGACAUACACUUAGUUUAUAAUUUUCUUUAUUUUUUAUUGCAAUGCAUUGCAUGCUUGCAGCAAAACCUGAAAAAAGUCAACACAAAAUCUGGUUUCCAUCAGCAUAUUUGCACAUAAACUUGUUAGAAGAGAAAUUGAGCACAAAAUCGGAUCUGUGCAUAGCUGGUACCUUUUUAGUUUUAAAAUAACAAUAUGCCUUGAUUUCAAACUGAAAAACCAAUAAAAUGCAACAGCGCAGUGCUUUUUUGUAUGCCGUGGAGUGGGGUGGCCCGCUCUGCCGAGGGUGACUAGGAAUGGAUGAUUGGUAAACGCAUACAUAUUUUAAGUGUGGGUUGGGAGAUGCUUAUUACAGAUGGGGUUAUGUAAAGAGGAGUGUACAUUCAUUAUAUAUGCCUUUCUAUUGCUUUUUUUUUUUUCUCAUCUUAUUCCUUAGCAGUGUGAUUCUUGUUUUACUAGGUGUAUAAGGAGGUAGAAAGGACAAGCAGCAUCUUAUGUCCUUGGUGAACAUAUCAUUGAGUGCAUCAUUCUGCAAGCCAAGUAUUGCAUAGAAAAUAAUAAUGGCACGUCUCUUCAUAUGUAUGUAGAACAGCCUUUUGCCAAAUAACACUACCUACACCUGUCUCUGUUAAAGUGAUGAGACAUAAAGUGGGGGUUAUCAGCUCGUAGAUAUUAGAGGAGCAGCACUGGUUGCCAUCUAUAGUGGGGCCAUGCUCGGACAGGCAUGGUUAACCACAUCUUUGCUCUUGAACAUAACAUGCUGCUUUAAUCAUCCACAUGGGUGGUUGAUAUGACAUUUAUCUAUCUAUCCCUCCUGAGGGUUCUUAGUACAUGGGGGGGGGGGGGGGGGGGUAGGCAAGUGGGUUUGAUGCCUUGUGUGGUUUAUUGCUUCACCCUGAGAAACCAAAAUUCAGCAGAGUUUCCACCAUUCACCACAACACCACUCCUAAUACAGCCACUGUUGCCAACAACACACUGCUGGUUUUAUUCGGACAGCAUACCUGUUUAUGUUAGCCAUGUGGAUUGUGGCUGCAGAGCAUGGUUGGCGGUGGUUUGACGAUAUUCUGGUCUCUCUUGAAAUUCACCAUUGUGAAGAAUGGCUGGUUGUGAAUUGCUACUAUGCUAGCUAUGAAUGGUAUUGCAGAAUACCUGCGUAGUGGAAUGAGCAGGGUACGUAAGGGUAAUCGUGUCCUUUAAGCUUGCAUUGUAAACUAUUAGGGUAAAAAAAAUAACAUAUCAAUCUUACAUAUUGCUUUAACUGAGUUUCUGAAGAAAGAGACCUGUGCAAACAUCCAUUUUUUUUUUUUUUACGUUAUUUAUUACACACAGGAUUUU